GAUGGAGGUCGGUGGCAUGCUGGUCACAGAACGCGAUGCUGGUCACAGAAGCCGCCCGCCUGCCAUGUCCACGUGCAUGGCUCUGGUGGGAUUUGGUUUUGGCUUCUAGCUUGCGGCUAGAUAGCCUUGAUGUCGCCAUGCGGUCGCUAUCGUAUCUAUCGGGUCGUGCACCCCGGCCCCUCGCCCUCACCCAGCAAUUACAUGCAUAACUAUAUGGCAUCCAUGGAUGCAUGCAUCUGUGGACCGCUGCGUCCUUUUCUCAAACAAGCGUUCCGAAACCUGAGGGCCGCCGUCCCCCACUUGGUAGGGCAGGAGUGGAGAUGUCGCGUGUAGCGAUUGGCAGCGGGCGGCGUAUGCGAGAUCUCAGGCAGGGACUUAUCGCUCCCGGCCGAGUGGGAUGCAUCACGACUCCUCGCGCAACCACGCGCGGUGGGGACAGACGUCAGCGUGCUUGGAGAGACAGGGCUUGGCACAGAAUAGGAAAUGCAGACCGGUCGAGCUGGCUGGCGGCGGGCACGGACGCGGCCAUGACAGUGGCGGUGAAAGCGGAGCACGACGAGCAUCAUCGGGUCAGCGAGGGAGAGGGUGAUAGCAGUGAUUGCAGUGCGGCCUCUCGCUGGCUGUGUCUGGCGGUGUCUGCUGGUGUGGGCGAGGGUGCGUCCCAACAGAGCCGCGCUGCACUUGCCUAUCUUGCCCGUCGCGGCGCUCACUAUUACCCACACAGUACAUAGCUCAGCGCCGUAGCUCGCGGCUGCACAGGACUCGUCUUAGCCGUUUGGCGAUCCGGUCGCGGAUUGUUGGUGGUGCUAUAUUUGACAGUGUGCUGCUCCCACGGUACUUGUCCCUGCC